GAUGGUAUAUGCGGAAGAAGAGGAAGUAGAGGAAGAGGACGGGUCACGACGCCGGCUGCGCUGGCGGAGCGUCGGUGUGUUGGGCAGGGCCAUGCCCUGGCGGCUGACACUGCUGCUGCGACGGCGGCCGCGGACAUGGUGCCCCGGAGGUGGAUGACCACGCUGGCCGCCCUCACGACGCUCAUGACGUCCACCCCCGAGGGAACGCCGCCGCCGCCGGGCGCUGCGCUGCGGUUCGACGAUCGGCCGCAUCAGAUGCGCGCCCGCACCGCCAAGCCGAUACGGGGCCAGCCACUGGGCCAGCUGGCCGAGCUCGCACCUUCGGCGGCCACUAUGGAAAGGCGCGCGGCACUCCGCUGGGGGACGCGGCGGCUCGACCUGGUCACCGUGGCACAGGUGGUGCUCACGGCGGCCACCGUGUCCGGCCUGGCGCUGGGUCUGUCCUGUUACGCGUGCCACAGCCAGCGAGCCAAGAGGGACAAUCGCCGCUGCCGCUACGCGAAGGUCCCCGACGAGACGGCGACGCCUGACAGGCGGCGCACGCUGAGGCUGUCGCCCAUCGGGCCUGCGGCCAGGUGCGGCCGCGACAACUGGGCUUCCAUCUCGCUCGUCAACCUGCUCAACAACUACCCGGCGCGGGAUGUGGAAGCGGGUCUCCAGGCCAACGACGACCGCGGCGACGAUGCCUGCAGCAGGACGAGCGGCACAAUUUGACCGCCGCGCUCGUGCACUGCAUGUUGUGCGCGUUCUUAUAAAAAUGCUUGAAAUAAAGGAGCCUCGAUGUUAAGAAAAGGUAUUUCCGGGGCGCCGAUGAAAAUGCA